UGUUUACAUCCAAAAAUGAUGCCUUGCCUGACUUCUGAUAUUGUAUUCCGUGCAUUUUCCCUCUACUUUAAGUAUAAAAAGUAUCUCAGUAAGCAACUCACACCCAAUUUCAUUCUCUUCAAUUUACAGUUGGAUGGAGCCACCUACCAUGCCACGGUCAACACGUCCUGCGGAGGAGUUGGCAGAAACAUCGCCGAAGGCAUCUGGAAAAUCUUCGGCAAUGUCAACCUAAUCACUGCCGUUGGAGAUGACCAAAACGGAGAUUACAUAAAGCGGCUGCUGCCAAACCACUGCGGGGCAUCGAUUCUCACCGCUGGCGACCAUCCAACGGCCAGCUGUUCGGUCCUGCUGGACAACCGCGGGGACUGCAAGCUGGUCGUGGGGGACAUGUCCGUCCACAGUGCCAUCACCGCCGAGUGGAUCAAUUCGCAUGACAAGCUGAUCCGGGAGACGCCACUGGUGAUAAUGGAUGCCAACAUCAGUGUGGAAGCUAUGAGGGCUACGUUUGAGCUGUGUCUGCAGUACGAUAAACCAGUUUUCUUCGAGCCAACGGACAUGCGAUUCGCCGCAAAACCCUUCGCCGCUUCGGACAGUGCCUUCAAAGUCAUACGCUUCGUCACCCCCAAUCUGUACGAGCUGAGGGAAAUGGCUCGCCAUCUCGGCUACCAGGAACCGCUCGCCAACACUCUGGUGGAAAACUUCAGCGAACUGGACGACCUGCUGCGAGAGGUCCGAAGCCUGGGAACGUUCGUCGUCAACCACGUGGACAACGUAAUUGUCACCUUGGGCAACUACGGGGUGGCCGUUGUACGCCGAUCGUGCGAACAUACGCCCUUCUUCGACUCGAGGGGCGCCUAUCAGCGCAGAACCGGCGACACACCGCAGGUGCGAUUCUAUCCGGGCCGCAAGUUGGACUACAUUGUGAACGUUUCUGGUGCGGGCGAUAGCUUCUCCAGUGGCUUUAUCUCGGCGAUGCUCGAGGGCCAGAUGGAACCGGUGUGCGUCGAGGUGGGCUUCGAAGCCGCCUGUUGCGCUCUCGGAUCGAAGGGGGCCGUGGCCGAUCUGUACUUUGACCGGAGUCACGCCUGCUGGGAUAAGGAGAAGGGUGCCCGGUUUAUCACCGUGGAGAAGACCGAGCCAUUCGUACUGGAGUAGGCGUGGGAUUUUUUUUUGCGAAUGGUGCAUUUAUCGUUCGCUUACUGUGCUUGUGUCAUUUUGCCUAUAAGCCAGUCGUAUAGAUUUUAAAUGUCGAGGGAAAAUUGUCUCUCUGAAGUGGUACACAAUACGGCAAUUAAAGUAUAUUUUUUCUCAACUAUCCAGA